GCUUAACCAUUUUAGGGUUUUCAUCAGAGCCCUUCCUCUGCGUUUGUUGACUGCUUUUUCUCUGAAACCCUAACCCUAACCCUAAGGUCUGCAACAAUGGUGGUGAAAGCUUCCAAGGCCGAGAGGAAAAGCUCCUACGACACUAAGCUGUGCAGACUUCUCGAUAUCUACUCUCAGAUCUUGAUCGUCGCCGCCGAUAAUGUCGGAUCGAACCAGCUUCAGAACAUUCGCAAGGGACUGCGAGGUGAGUCGGUGGUGUUGAUGGGGAAGAACACUAUGAUGAAGCGUUCCAUUCGAGCGCAUGCUGAGAAGACCGGUAGCACCGCUUUCCUCAGUCUCGUUCCCCUUCUCGUUGGUAAUGUGGGAUUGAUCUUUACUAAGGGAGAUCUGAAGGAAGUGAGUGAUGAGGUUGCCAAAUAUAAGGUCGGAGCUCCUGCUCGUGUUGGCCUUAUUGCUCCAAUUGAUGUUGUUGUUCCUCCUGGAAACACUGGAUUGGAUCCAUCUCAGACUUCCUUCUUCCAGGUGCUUAACAUUCCAACCAAGAUCAACAAAGGUACAGUUGAAAUCAUCACCCCUGUGGAGCUUAUCAAGAAGGGCGAAAAGGUGGGUUCUUCCGAGGCCGCCCUUCUCUCAAAGCUAUUGAUAAGGCCAUUCUCUUACGGUCUUGUAGUGUUGUCUGUCUACGAUAAUGGUUCAGUGUUUAGUCCUGAGGUGCUUCACCUCACAGACGACGAUCUAAUGGUGAAAUUUGCUUCUGGGAUAUCCAUGGUUGCCGCCCUGUCAAUGGCUCUAACAUACCCAACACUUGCUGCUGCACCUCACAUGUUCAUUAACGCCUACAAGAAUGUUCUUGCUGUUGCAGUGGAAACACCAUACUCUUUCACAUAUGCUGAGACGGUGAAGGAAUACUUAAAGGAUCCAAGCAAAUUUGCUGCUGCUGUUGCUGCUCCAGUUGCUGCUGCUGCUGCUCCUGCAGCUGAUGCCAAGAAGGAAGAGGUUAAGGAGCCUGAGGAGGAGUCUGAUGACGAUCAACCUAUCUUCGGUUUGUUUGAUGAUGAGUGAAGAGAGAGUAGUAUGGUGAACUUUUUUGCUAUGUUUUGGUAUCGUUUAGGAUCCUUUUGGUUUGAUUUCUGUUUGACUUAUGGGAAACUUUGGUUAUAGUUGGAAUUACUGUUUUGGCUUUUUAGUUAUUUCAUAUCCUAAUCAAAUGCGUUUAUUUCCUUCUGUAGUCUCAUGUCAAUGGGACGAGGUUGAGUUUGUAGUCUCGUGUCCUCAUCCCAUCCCCAUCUUUGAUGAGAGCGGAACUGGAGUGAGGAAAUGUAAUGU